AUGGAGAGGUUAAGAGUAAUCUUUGCUGCCACAUGUAUCUGCUUGUUAUUACCCGAGUUUACAUUGGUUGCUAAUGCUCAAGACGGUGCUGCAACUGAACCAAUCACCCCAGCGCUGUUCAUCUUUGGUGAUUCCCUGAUAGACAAUGGAAACAAUAACUACCUAUUCACAGCAGCAAAGGCCAAUUACUUCCCGUAUGGGAUAGAUUCUGGAGGUCCAACAGGGCGGUUCAGCAAUGGCCUCACUGUUGUAGAUUAUGGAGCAAGGUAUCUGGGAUUGCCGUUCAUACCACCAUACUUCUCACUAGCGUCAUUCGGAAAGAAUAUCCUGCGAGGAAUCAACUAUGCAUCAGCGGCAGCAGGGAUACUUGAGGAGACCGGAAGACAUUAUGGGCAGCGGACAACCUUGAGUGGGCAGAUAUCCCAGUUUCAGGAGACACUUACACUGAAAUUACCCCUGCUUUUCCAAAACCAGGAUGAGCUGACCCAAUACCUGACAAAAUCAGUCUUUCUAAUCGACAUUGGAGGCAAUGACUAUCUCAACAACUAUCUUCAACCAGAGAGAUAUGACAGCAGCCGUCUCUACGAUGGGGAAGCCUUUGCUGAUCUCCUUAGGGAUACACUCACUUCCCAGAUAACAAGAUUGUACAACUUAGGUGUAAGAAAAAUGGUGUUGGUCGGAUCAGGUCCGCUCGGAUGCAUACCUGCUUUCAGAUCCAAGUCAAGUGAUAACAACUGUAUAGACAGCGUCAAUAAUUUGAUCACUCCAUUCAACAGCCGUCUGGUUCAGAUGACAAAUACACUCAGCAAUAGCCUUCCAGGUUCCGUCUUCGUCUAUCAGAAUACUUAUGAUCUCUCUGUGGACAUGAUCCGCAACCCUUCUACAUAUGGGUUUACUGAAGCAACCAAGGCCUGUUGUGGGAAUGGAAGAGAUGGAGGGGAACUUACCUGUCUUCCUUUGCAGCAACCAUGUGCAAAUAGAGAUCAGCAUCUCUUCUGGGAUUCCUUCCACCCAACCCAAGCUGCAGAUGCUAUCAUAGCACGCCGCGCCUACAGCCAGUACGCUACAGACUGCAUUCCAAUGAGCAUCUAUGAAUUGGCACAACUCUAAGUACGUGAAGCUGAAAGUAGUCACCAUUCCUAUAGAGCUUCUCUCUUAUUGUAUUAUGUUAGCUUACUCAAGCAAGGAAAUUUAUGUAGCAUUGCAUUGUACUCUUUAAGUAAUAAAAUUGGAAAGUGGAAUUUAUACCUUUAUAUUAAACAA